AUAACAAAAACAACAACAACAAUAAUAAUGAUAACAAUAAUAAAGAAAAUUAUGAUGAAAUGCGUGAAAAAAAACAAGAUCUUGAGUUUCAAUUGAUAAAAGCAUGCAUGAAUGGUGACAUCAAUGUGAUAGAUCAAUAUGUCCAGGCUGGUAAUGAUGUCAAUGAAUUUUUACACACUGGCUGGACCAUGCUUUUGUAUGCAGCAUCAUCAGUCAAGCCAAAUGUCAUAUUGGAAUUAUUAAAUUUAGGAGCUGAUCCAAAUGUUCAUAAAGAUGGAUUGACACCAUUGAUGGUUGUCUGCAGCUCAGGUCUUGGUGAUGCUGAACAUGCUCUUGAAUGCAUAACAUUGUUGAUUGAAAUGGAUGCUGAACCUAAUGCAACAAACAAAGACAGAGUAACAGCAUUGAUGUUUGCCUGUGAAUACAGAGAACCAGAAGUUGUAUCUGAACUUUUAAAACAUGUUAAAGACAUAGAGGCUAGAGAUUGUGAUGGACGAACGGCUGUUUUUUAUGCAGUUGUUGGCAACAAGGUUGAAAAUUUAAAAUUAUUAAUGAAAAAUAAUGCAUCAAUAUCAAUCACUGAUAGAAGAGAUUUAACUGUUCAAGAAAUAGCAACAACAAAAGGAUAUGAUAGUAUACUUGAGCUUCUUAGUAAUGAAGAUUGUGACAUUGAAAAUUAUUGUAUAACUGGAAAAAUAACAAGUUGGGUUGAUGCAUUUCCUUCAAUUAAAAAACUAGAUGAAAAUAUAGUUGACGAGGGUGUAUCAUCAAUUUUAAGUGGCCUUGGUUUGGAACAGUAUAGAUCAAUUUUUCUAGGAAUGGAAUUAAAUAAUUUUUUAACAUUAACUGAUGAUGAUUUAAUAAAACUUGGUAUGGAUAUAGAAUUUCAUCGUAAAGAAUUUCUUGAUGGUUUGUUAAAAUUUCAUAAAAAAAAAUGGACCAAUAAGAGUAUUGGUGUUGUUAAUAAAUCAUUGCCAUAUACAAUUUACAAUGGUGUUGCUUCACUUGGUAAUAUUGGACGUCAACUUGGAGUUAUUGGAGCUAGUUUUAAAUUUAUAAAAAAUAAUUUAUUGAGUCUCAAUGAAAAUGAGAUAACUUUGUCGGAUGUUCAGAAGAAUGAUUACAUUGAAGAACUUGCAGCAACUGAAAAAUCAUUAGUAUCAUUAAAAAAAGAUCUCAAUCAAAUGCUUCACUUUGCUAAAAAGGUUGAAAUGACAGAUCAUGUGGAUCCACCAGCAUCAUACAUUGACAGUGAAAAAAAAAAAUCAAAUUGGCCAAUUUAUGCUGGUGUUACAUUGAUGUUUGGAUUUUAUCUCUGCAAGACAAACAUCAUCAAGCAGUUAUGGAAUAAAAUUUAAUAAACAAUUCUAUAAAAAAAAAAAAAAAAGUACUCCAUGACAAUAACAAAGUAUUAAACUGCCAACUAUAAAUUACCUCAAUUAUUAAAGUUGUUAAAAAAUAAUUAUAUUAUUGCUAUUUUUAUAUGGCCAUUAACCUCAGGAAGGUAUUAAUAAUUAUAAAAAAAAUUUUCACUUGUUUGUACUCAUGUUAUAAAUUAUUCAAAUGAAAAUAAAAAAAAAUUAUAAAAAA